AUGAUUGAUGGGAUCGAAGCUGGUGAUGAUGUUUUGACUGGAAAACAAAGAUGUCGGAAGAAGAGGCUAGUCAAUACCUUGGAGAAUGGUGCCAAUGCAGAAGAAGUUCAGUCACGUGGUAGACCGAAAACACAUAAAUCAGAUGGCGAUGGAGCAAACUUCCAGCUAGGAGAAACAAGUACGGAUAAGCAGACAGCUCUAUCGACUCGUCGCGUGCUUUUGGAACAAACGAGGAACAAUAUGGCAUUUCGAAAAGGAACAUUCCUGAUUCGAUACGAGGAUUUGGACAAGCCCGAGUAUGCUGGUCAUAUCUGGCUCGUUAACAGUCACCGAUUGCUGCAAAAGUACACCUUUGAUGGGAUCUAUGCUUCGAAUGUUAGAGUUUUUAGUCGAACUAACAGGUUCAGUGGUUGGUUGCACGAUCGUUCGUGGCUGUACCAUCCGCUUUAUGAUGUAGAAAGUGUCCUGGGGAAAAUGGAAAAGGUGGCGAUCAGAAACCAUCCGACCAGAGAUGAACUGUUUGCACGGAGGAAUGCUGAAAGUAGAAGGGCAUUAGAGACUGAAUUGGAGCAAAUGAAAGACAGUGAAAAGACAGGCGCUUCAGGUGGUGGAAAUUCCAAUGAAGAACACGAAUAG